AAAAUAUAUAAGAUAAAAGUUAGGCUAUCAAAAUAGGUCACAUCAUAAGUGCAUAUAAGUGAAUUUUGAAAUACAUGAAGUUAGUUCAUUUCGGCAAUUCAACGGAACUGGUCCCUGAACUUCAAAAUGAAGUUCGCCAUCCUCACAGCCCUCGUCGCCCUGGCCGCCGCCGCGCCGCCCAGCACCAACGAGCAGAUCAUAGUCACGAAGAAGUUCUACCCCGACUCCUACGCCGUCUACACCGGCCACCACGACAUCGUCGACAUCCUCGUCCCCCUCAACCAGAUCAACUACUCCGACGACAUCAAUGAAGACACUGCCACCAAACUCACUGUCUUCUUCGUCGAAGCUGAUAUUAAAGACGACGGCACUUACGACUACAAAGGACUGUACGUCUUCAAAAAUGGCAUAGCCAAGAAGGUGCUCGAAAACGGACAGUGCUCAACUUACGCCAAAGACAAGAUUAUCUACUUCGGCGCUAGCGACGGCAUCUACAAAUACAACGAGCAAGACCAGACUGCGACCAAAUAUGGUACCGUUUCUGAGAGCGUCAUCAGAAUGGCUGUUGAUACUGAAAAUGCUCACGUCUAUUACUUAACCUCAGACUACGUUCUGUACAAAUUUGAUGAAGGUGAGAAAGUGGCGACUAAGGUUGAAGCAGUUAAAGACGCUAGAGACAUCGUUUUCGAUUUCGACGGUACCAUGUACUUCUAUGACGGCAACCAUCAAGUUUAUACUUACAACGGCGAGCGUGUCCUUAAAAUCGAGGGUCUCCCCGCUCAUCCCGCUAAAGUAGCACUCGUCAGGGUUCCAGUCUUGAUGAAUGAGAUGUACGCGGUUGUUGAUGGCUGGCUUUACGAGCUGCGUGCGGACGGUACCAGUGAGAAGGAGCCGGUUAAGUUCCAGGCUCAACCGACCGCGUAUGCGCCGGACGCUAUUCUGUACCAGUACUAUGCGUACAAGCAGAAGAUUUACCUGUACAACCUAAUCAACCUGUUCGCCGAAAACUCCAUUGACGAACUGAAUGAGUUCUUAAACGAUAAUCAGGAACAGAUCAACACUUACAAGAACACGAAGGUUUCUAGCCGUUUGUAAAUUGUUUCAGUGAAUAAAGUUCUGUUAUCUUUCCUUC